AUGACCUCUGACAUAUGUUCUGGUUCUGAUGCAGGUUCUCCCCGGGCUCCCCUCUCCCCGGUAGAUGAGGUGCCUAGACCUCAUCAGGCAAACCAGAGUAUAUUAUACAAUGUACCUAAAUCUCCAAGUACGAAGUGGAGCAUACUGCACAGGCAUUUCCUUAAAUCUCCCUCUCACCAUGGAAAACCUGGCCUCAAAUCUCCUUCCCAGCAUGGAAAAUCCCCCACGAAACUCUUCGCAUCUCCUUCCCAUCAUGGGCAGUACCUAUGCGAGCAAAUGUCUCAGAAACACAUUCCAUAUGCUUUCCAUCCAGCUCCACUGGAGCUUCAAUUUGCAGCCCGUGUAUCAGGACAAGGAUCUAGGCCAGAGUUCAUGGCUGAAGAAAUCCAUCAGUGGGAGGAAAUAAUUUCUAAGGGCUUCUCGAAUUUGAGCCUCGCAACAUUGUACCAACUGUUUAAAUCAAAGCUUGCUGGCCAGGAAGCUACACACCAACAUCUUGUAACAACAACAUGGGAGCUUGAGGCAUCAGAGUGGUACACGACAUUCCUGGAUGGCUUGUAUCGUGAGAACAAAGAUCAUCUCCUCUUCAGUGAUGAAGAGUUGAAACGAAUCAGGAAUGUUUUCACUGACUGGUCACAAGAAGAAAUUGACGACAAUGUGAAUUACCUUCAAGCCAUUUAUGAUGACAACUGCGAGAUACUUCGCACUGUCACUGCCCAAGCAGAUGUACUCAAGAAACACUUAGGCUCAUGUGCAUCAGAAGAUGUAUUGGGUUCCAUGGGGAAGUCUUCCCAUUAUCCGCAAUUCGUCGGUAAACCCAGUCUGUCUUCUGAUACAGAUGAUAGCAUGGAUGAUGAUGAGGGAACUGAUGAUGAUGACAAUGAGGAAGAUGAUUGUAUCCAUGGCUAG